CUUCUCUUUAUAUCUCUAUUUACAAGUAAUUAACGUACCAUCAUAAAUAUUCUCAACUGAACAAAACAAGGCGAACAUAAAUAAUAGGAGAAUUCAUCAAUAUUCUUGCUUAUAACUAUUAGAUUUUGUUUUAAAAAUUUUUUUGGGACUUUUGGAACCGGUCAUUACAAUCGGAAAUAAAUUGGAUUUAUUAAAGUUUUCUUUUUUUUUCAAUCGUUAUUAAUAGAAAUAAAAGCAAUGGAAACGAACUCUGCAAAAGAUGCUGUCUUUGUGGCUUCUGAAAGACCCAAAGAAAUGGAUGUGAUUGUUGAAGGCCCUGAUUUCAGUCACUACGACGAGCGAAAGCAAAAAGGUGGAUCUGGAAUUACUGUUGAGGAGUUGAUGCAAUCAUAUGCGAAGAUGGGAUUUCAAGCUACGCACCUUAGCCAAGCAAUUGAAAUUAUCAACGAAAUGAAAGAUUGGCGUGAUCCUAAUCCUCCAGAGGGAAAGAGCGACAAGGCUACCAUUUUUCUGGGCUAUACUAGUAACCUAAUCUCGUCCGGCAUUCGUGAAAUUCUACGUUAUUUGGUGCAACACAAAUGUGUAGAUGUUCUUGUAACAACUGCAGGAGGUGUAGAAGAAGAUUUGAUUAAGUGUCUCGGUCCUACUUAUAUUGGUGACUUCCACUUGGAAGGAAAAAACCUUCGUGAAAAAGGUUUGAACCGUAUUGGCAAUCUCAUCGUGCCAAACGAUAACUAUUGUCGCUUUGAAGAAUGGCUCAUGCCUAUUCUUGACAAGAUGGUAGAAGAGCAAGAGACUCUUGGUACGCAUUGGACUCCUUCCUCAUUCAUACAUCGUCUUGGUAAGGAAAUUAAUGACGAACGAAGCGUCUACUAUUGGGCUUAUAAGAAUAAUAUUCCAGUCUAUUGUCCUGCUUUGACAGAUGGUUCAAUCGGUGAUAUGCUUUACUUUCAUACCUACAAGGCCGAUCCCCGCCCUAUUAACCUUGAUAUUGUGGCCGAUAUCCGCAAUGUCAAUUCACAUGCUGUGCGUGCUAACAAGACGGGUAUCAUCAUCCUUGGAGGUGGUAUUGUAAAACAUCAUAUAUGCAAUGCAAACUUGAUGCGUAAUGGUGCUGACUGGAGCGUAUACAUAAACUCUGCGAAUGAAUUCGAUGGUAGUGAUGCUGGUGCACGUCCUGAUGAGGCUGUCAGUUGGGGAAAAAUCCGCUCUGAUGCCAAAAGAGUGAAGGUUUAUGGUGAAGUAAGCCUUCUCUUCCCCCUAAUCGUCGCUUCUACAUUUGCUAACUAAAGCGCUUUAUCGUUAAUUUCUUCUUUAUAUCUGAUACCUGUUUUUCAUAUAAGCCAAGGAAAUUAACUAAAAAGGAUUCUUUUAAUACAAGUACAAAACAGGAAGGGUUUUUUUCGAAUAUCUUUAUAAUAACUUUCUAGGAGUCUAAGGGUUUUUCUAAUUAGUCUUUCUACACUGCUAGAUAUUCAUACCACUUAUGUAAUUUUCCUUCUCCCCAGUAUCCUUCAUAGAACAGCUAAAUAAUCUAUUGCAAUUAUUUUUUUGUUAGAUAAACUGUCAACCUUGGAUCCAAAUUUUUACUGUAGAUCUUCCAAAUGCGUCUA